AAGAUGGCGGAUAACAAAGGCGAAGGGGAUACGGAGAGCUGCACUGCUAUGGAGGUAGUGGCACAGGGAGAAGAAAGUGGAGACCCAAUAACUAAAGAUGCCGAUGGCGUAAUUGUUAUAGAACCGCUAACGAAGGAAGAGGUGAGCGGGCAAUCCCAAGAGAAUGUUUCCCAGGUGCCUACACCCAAUGGUGAAGGCAGCAACGGGAGUAAUGGUAACGCUAGCAGCGACGGAGGUGGUGGAGGAGGAGGAGGAGAAAGCAGCAGCACUAGGACUAGUCCUAAUAGCAACCCAAAUUCUGUGUCCACGGUGCGACCAGGGUCUGGUGAUAACAGUAGGAACUCACCUGCGGUUUCAACAGAAACAUCGCCCUCUCCAUCAUCAGCGAAUGUUAAAGACGCUCCAGCCGCAGCAGCCACCCCUGCAGCCCCGCUAAACCUAUUGGAUACGUGCGCUGUGUGUAAACAAAGUCUACAGAAUCGAGACUGUGAGCCCAAACUCUUACCAUGUCUGCAUUCAUUCUGUUUGAAAUGUAUUCCUCAACCUGAGAGACAAAUUCCAGUUCAAGUCGCCGGACCACAUGGACAGGAUACACAUCUGGUGAAUGUGAUGCGAUGUGCGGUAUGCCACCAGGACUACAAGCAGCCAGACAUCAUCGACAACUACUUUGUCAAGGACACCUCAGAGGCCUCCAACACGUCAGUGGAGAACUCAACGCAGGUGUGCACGAGUUGUGAGGACGAUGCGUCGGCGGUGGGCUUCUGUGUGGAGUGUGGAGAAUGGCUCUGCAAGACCUGCAUAGAAGCACACCAGAGGGUCAAGUUCACAAAGGACCACAAGAUACGCAAAAAAGAAGACCUCACCUCUGAGGCGGUUGGAGCGUCAGGGCAGCGCCCGGUCUUCUGUCCCAUUCACAAGCAGGAGGCUCUCAAGCUCUUCUGCGAGACCUGCGACACACUAACCUGUCGAGACUGUCAGCUCCUGGAACACAAAGAGCACAGGUACCAGUUUUUAGACGAGGCCUUUCAGAAUCAGAAGUCCAUCAUCGAGGCCUUCAUGGCCAAGCUGCAGGAGAAGAGGAACAUCGUCCAUUUCUCGGCCAAUCAGGUGCAAGGCAGGCUUAAAGAGGUUACGGAGACGCACAAGAAAGUGGAGCACGAGAUUAAGAUUGCGGUGUUUACGCUCAUCAAUGAGAUCAACAAGAAGGGCAAGUCUCUCCUGCAGCAGCUGGAGAGUGUGACAAAGGAGCGCAGCUUGCGUCUGAUCAGCCAGCAGAAGGACAUCGGCUGUCUGGGCCAGCAGAUCCUGCACGUGCUCAGUUUCACCCACUGGGCACUCACCAACGGCAGCAGCACCGCACUGCUCUACAGCAAGAGGCUGAUCACCUUCCAGCUGCGGUACAUCCUGAAGGCCCGUCUGGACCCAGUUCCCCAGGCCAAUGGUUCCGUCCGGUUCUACUGCGACCCCACUUUCUGGGCCAAGAACGUGGUCAACCUUGGUAACUUGGUGAUCGAGAAGGUCCCUCAGUCCCCGCACGGCCCGCCCAACAUGAUGGGCCAGAUGCCCAACCCUGCAGCGGCGGGCCAGAACCACCACGGCCCCCAGGGCAAGCACCCGGGCCAGAUCAACCUGGCGCAGCUCCGGCUACACCACAUGCAGCAGCAGGCGCAGGCGGCACAGCAGGCGGCACAGCAGGCCUCCAUGGCCCAGAAGCAGCAUCACCAGCACCAACAGCAGCUGCAGCAGGACUGCCUUUACAGUGCGUUUCCCAUUCUUCAGCAGCAGCAGCAGCAGCAACGGGAGCGUGAGCACCAGCAGCACCAACACCAACAGCACCAGCACCAGCAGCAGCAGCUCCAGCAGCAGCAGAUCCAGCAGCAGAUGCGCAUCGCCUCCCAGAUGUCCCAGAUGCCCCGGCCUGGGGGGCCGCCGCCCGGCAUGGUCCAGCAACAGCCCCCCAGGCUGAUCAGCAUGCAGAGGGGCGAUGUGAACGGCGGACCCCCCCACAUGUUCCCUCCCCACGCCCUGCGCAUGCCCACCCAGCAGGUGCGCAUCACCAACGCCCAGCCUCGCCUCGCCAGCCAGCAGUACCCCAUGAUGCAACCGCAGCUACAGAGACAGCACUCGAACCCGGGCCACGCCGGUCCCUUCCCCGUGUCGUCGCUGCACAACGUGAACGCCAACAGCCCCACCAGCCCCACAAGCGCCAGCAUGGCCAACGCCCACGCACAUCGGGGGCCCGCCAGCCCCAUAGUGGGCGCCAUUGAGCUCAUCCCCUCCGUCACCAACCCAGAGAACCUGCCGUGCCUGCCUGACAUCCCGCCCAUACAGUUGGAGGAUGCGGGCUCCAGUCAGCUGGACAGCAUCCUGAGUCGCUACAUCUCCGCCUCCACCCACCCGCCUCCCCACAACGCACUCAGCAUCAACACCUCCCCCAACCCCUCCAUACACUCCCCCGGCUCAUCAGGGUUGUCUAACUCCCACGCUCCGCUCCGACCCUCCAGCAACUCCAGCACAGGAAGUCGGGGCAGCUGUGACUCUGCUGGCAGGCUGGGCUCUGGGGCUCCCUCCGGUGGCGAGGUGGUGAAAGUGAAGCAGGAGCCGGGCACAGAGGAGGACAGCAGCAGCUACUCAGCAGCCAACGUCAAGAGCGAACUGGGCAAGGACGGACGCCGCAGCGCCUGCAUGAUGAGUAGUCCAGAGAGCAGCAGUAAUGCCACCCCUCCCAUGUCGGUGCUGGCCGGCGUGUCCUCGGGCUCCAUGCAGGAGGUGCUGCGCACCCUGGGGGACAUCGUCAAGUCCGAGCCCCAGGACUCCUCCACCGCCAGCGGCUGCAGCCAGCAGCAGGCCAACAACAGCAACCGCACCUCCAUGCCCGCCCCCACAGCCUCCAACUCCGCCUCUACCUCCAACUCCUCCUCCUCCACGAACAACACAUCCUCCUCAUCCUCAUCUCAAACGCAAACCACACCCGUCCAGCCUCCGUUGACCAAUGGCAACGCAAGCGCGAAAUGUUCCUCCACAGCGACGUCAGACACGACAGCGCCACAGGCGAGUGGGGAGACGUCAGGGACGGGAGGGGGAGGGGCGACGGAGGGGGGGAAGGAAGACGACCCGAAUGAGGACUGGUGCGCCGUGUGUCAAAACGGGGGAGAGCUGCUGUGCUGCGACCGCUGCCCGAAGGUCUUCCACAUCACCUGCCACAUACCCAUGCUACGAUGCUUACCCAGUGGUGAGUGGAUGUGUACGUUCUGCCGGAGCAUGUCUAGCCCUGAGAUCGAGUAUGACUGCGACGACGACCCGCCACAGAAGGAGCCGAGCGACCAGGCCCUGAGCCGAGAGGACCAGCGGAGGUGUGAGCGGCUGCUGCUCUAUCUCUUCUGCCAUGAGCUGAGUAUUGAGUUUCAGGAGCCUGUGUCCCCCAACGUGCCCAACUACUAUAAGAUCAUCAAGCAGCCAAUGGCGUUGAACACGGUGAAGCAGAAGCUGCAGCUGAAGCAUGCGCAGCACUACCGCACAGCCACCGAAUUUGUGGCCGACGUGCGCCUGGUCUUCAGCAACUGUGCCAAGUACAACGAGAUGUCUCGAAUAAUCCAGGUUUAUGAUGAGGAGAAACCAGUUAAUGUACAGGCUGACUCGGAGGUGGCAGAGGCUGGGAAGGCGGUGAGCAUGUACUUCGAGGAGAGGCUGAAGGAGCUCUACCCAGACCAGGACUUCCCCAUCAUCCCCGAGAGCGAGCCGUCCUCAGACCAGGACCAGGACGGAGGAGAGACGGCAGAGCAGGACAAGGAGGAGGAAAGGGAGAAAGAGAAAAAGAAGGAGGGCGGAGAUGACGACGACGACGCCACCGACGACUCGGAGGACGAAGUUGUGCAGCCGAAACGCAAGCGCUUAAAAACGAGCCCGUGCAUAUAAGCGCAUGGAGAACGGGAGAGUGAGAUUGAGAAGGUGGGAGGAAGGGGGAGGGAGAGUUUUUUUUUUUAAAUCUAAUUGAAAAACACUGACUGACUGAGCCCCCAGCUGUGGAGAAAGCAAAAUGGCUGCACGUAAUGUGAAGAGAAGGAUGGAUUGGUCUUCCUCAUCAUCCCACACACCCUCUCUGCUCCCUCACACUCAUUCUUACAUACGGGACCUGCUGGCACACACACACACACACACACACACACACACACACACACACACACACACACACACACACACACACACACACACACACACACACACACACACACACACACACACACACACACACACACACACACACACAGGGCCGCUGACAGCUUUGGCUUGGCCCAGGAGGACAAAGUCAUCUGUGAAGGCCCCCACCCAAUACAUACAAUGUAAUGACAACCCAAUUCUGGGCCCCCUCUGUCCCUGGGCCCGGGACAACUGUCCCCUUUGUCCCCACCUGCCGGCUUCCCUGCAUACACACCAUUAUUCCAGAGCUACUUUUAUUCGCCCACUACGAAAAAUGCCUUGUUAUUAUUAUUGUUAAUAUAAAAGAAAUCAACUUUUACCAAGAAGUGUACACAGAGUGGCAGAAGAACUUUUUCCCCCGUUGGUGUGUCAAUGUGACGGAUGGCUCUCAACAAUGGAGGCGGUGGCACAGUUUUGGAACUGUUACAGUGGGAUAACUUAAUGAGUCGUUUUUUUAUUAUCAUUACUGUUAUUAUUAUUAUUAUUAUUACUACUAUCAUUUACGAUGCUGUUUGUAAAUUUGUUGUGAACAAUGCUUUAUAAAAGACCAUACACUCUCAUCUCCCCCCUAUCCCUUGAUGUAUAAUAAUGUUUAACACGGUAUUAUACCUUCUGGGUAUUUGUGUGUGUGAAUGAGCAUGAAUGGAUGUGUGUGUGUGCGAGCGCAUGGUUGUGUUUGAAUGUUUGUUGGAGAAAAAAAAGACAGUCCAUUGCUGUAAAUAAGAGUAUUCAUUCAAAAACAUGACUGAAGACUGGUUUGUUUGGUCAUUUACUUCAAUAAAAAGGUUUAAAUGCAGUGUUGCCUGUAAACUGCAACGGACCCAUUUUUUGUUAUAAUAGCCUACUUGGUUUUAAUGUUCACUCUGUAACAACAGAGCAAAUUGUUGUGUUGAUAUUCCUUUCCAGUAGCAUACAAUAAAGCAACUGGCCAAAAGGGAUGGUUACUGAAUAAAAUGGGAAGAUGAAAA